GCGGAGACGGCGGCGGCGAGGCUGGGGCCAGGGAGAGAGCCCCGGGGGAGAGGCGCCCGAGCCUGGCCGCGGGAGCAUGUGGGCCCGGAGCGGAGCGCGGGGCGCGCUGCUGCUGGCGCUGCUGCUCUGCUGGGACCCGAGGCUGAGCCAAGCAGGCACGGACUCUGGCAGCGAGGUGCUCCCCGACUCCUUCCCGUCGGCGCCGGCUGAGCCCCUGCCCCACUUCCUGCAGGAGCCCCAGGACGCCUACAUCGUGAAGAACAAGCCGGUGGAGCUGCGCUGCCGUGCCUUCCCCGCCACACAGAUCUACUUCAAGUGCAACGGCGAGUGGGUCAGCCAGAAUGACCACGUCACGCAGGAGGGCCUGGAUGAGGCCACGGGCCUGCGGGUACGGGAGGUCCAGAUCGAGGUGUCCCGGCAGCAGGUGGAGGAGCUGUUCGGGCUGGAGGAUUACUGGUGCCAGUGCGUGGCCUGGAGCUCCGCCGGCACCACCAAGAGUCGCCGGGCCUACGUCCGCAUCGCAUACCUGCGCAAGAACUUCGAUCAGGAGCCUCUGGGCAAGGAAGUGCCCCUGGACCAGGAGGUUCUCCUGCAGUGCCGCCCACCGGAGGGGGUGCCUGUGGCUGAGGUGGAGUGGCUGAAGAAUGAGGACAUCAUCGACCCCACCCAGGACACCAACUUCCUGCUCACCAUUGACCACAACCUCAUCAUCCGCCAGGCCCGCCUGUCGGACACGGCCAACUACACCUGUGUGGCCAAGAACAUUGUAGCCAAGCGCCGCAGCACUUCCGCCACCAUCACCGUCUACGUGAACGGUGGCUGGUCCAGCUGGGCAGAGUGGUCGCCCUGCUCCAACCGCUGCGGCCGUGGCUGGCAGAAGCGCACGCGGACCUGCACCAACCCGGCCCCGCUCAAUGGAGGCGCCUUCUGUGAGGGCCAGGCCUUCCAAAAGACCGCCUGCACCACCGUGUGCCCAGUCGACGGAGCGUGGACGGAGUGGAGCAAGUGGUCGGCCUGCAGCACUGAGUGUGCCCACUGGCGCAGCCGAGAGUGCAUGGCGCCCCCGCCCCAGAACGGAGGCCGAGACUGCAGCGGGACCCUGCUCGACUCCAAGAACUGCACGGACGGGCUGUGCGUGCAGAAUAAGAAAACUCUAAGUGACCCCAAAAGCCACCUGCUGGAGGCCUCGGGGGACGUGGCGCUGUACGCAGGCCUCGUGGUGUCCGCCUUCGUGGUCGUGGGCGUCCUCAUGGUGGUGGGCGUGGUGGUAUACCGCCGGAACUGCCGGGACUUCGACACUGACAUCACCGACUCGUCCGCCGCCCUCACUGGCGGCUUCCACCCUGUCAACUUCAAGACUGCGAGGCCCAAUAAUCCCCAGCUCCUGCACCCGUCGGCGCCCCCGGACCUCACGGCCAGUGCUGGCAUCUACCGCGGGCCCGUGUAUGCCCUGCAGGACUCAGCCGACAAGAUCCCCAUGACCAACUCACCCCUGCUGGACCCCCUGCCCAGUCUCAAGAUCAAGGUCUACAACUCCAGCACCAGCGGCUCGGGGCCAGGCCUGCCCGAUGGGGCCGACCUGCUGGGGGUCCUGCCGUCCGGCACAUACUCCGGCGAUCUCACCCGGGAUGCCCACUUCCUGCACCUGCGCAGUGCUAGCCUCGGCCCCCAGCAGCUCCUGGGCCUGCCCCGUGACCCGGGGAGCAGCGUCAGCGGCACUUUCGGCUGCCUGGGUGGGAGGCUCAGCAUCCCGGGCACAGGGGUCAGCCUGCUGGUGCCCAAUGGAGCCAUCCCCCAGGGCAAGUUCUAUGAGAUGUACCUCCUUAUCAACAAGGCAGAGAACACCCUCCCACUUUCAGAAGGGACCCAGACAGUACUGAGCCCCUCGGUGACCUGUGGGCCCACGGGCCUCCUGCUGUGCCGCCCCGUCAUCCUCACGGUACCCCACUGUGCUGAAGUCAGCAAUGGUGACUGGAUCUUCCAGCUCAAGACCCAGGCCCACCAGGGCCACUGGGAGGAGGUGGUGACUCUGGACGAGGAGACCCUGAACACCCCCUGCUACUGUCAGCUGGAGGCCAGGUCCUGCCACAUCCUGUUGGACCAGCUGGGCACCUACGUGUUCACGGGUGAGUCCUACUCCCGCUCGGCUGUCAAGCGGCUCCAGCUGGCCAUCUUCGUCCCCGCCCUCUGCACCUCCCUGGAGUACAGCCUCAGGGUCUACUGCCUGGAGGACACGCCCGCGGCCCUGAAGGACGUGCUGGAGCUGGAGCGGACGCUGGGUGGCUAUCUAGUGGAGGAGCCCAAACCCCUGCUGUUUAAAGACAGUUACCACAACCUGCGCCUCUCUCUGCACGACAUCCCCCAUGCCCACUGGAGAAGCAAGCUGCUGGCCAAGUACCAGGAGAUCCCCUUCUGUCACAUCUGGAGUGGCAGCCAGAAGGCCCUGCACUGCACCUUCACCCUGGAGAGGCACAGCCUGGCCUCCACAGAGCUCACCUGCAAGAUCUGUGUGCGGCAGGUAGAAGGGGAAGGCCAGAUCUUCCAGCUGCACGCCACGCUGGCAGAGACGCCUGCCAGCUCCCUGGACGCCUUCUGCUCUGCCCCUGGCAACACAGUCACCACCCAGCUGGGGCCCUAUGCCUUCAAGAUUCCACUGUCCAUCCGCCAAAAGAUAUGCAACAGCCUGGACGCCCCCAACUCGCGGGGCAAUGACUGGCGGCUCUUGGCACAGAAGCUCUCCAUGGACCGGUACCUGAACUACUUUGCCACCAAAGCGAGCCCCACGGGUGUGAUCCUGGACCUCUGGGAAGCUCUGCAGCAGGACGACGGGGACCUCAACAGCCUGGCGAGUGCCUUGGAGGAGAUGGGCAAGAGUGAGAUGCUGGUGGCCAUGGCCACUGACGGGGACUGCUGAGCAGCCCCGAAACCGUGGGCUGGGAGGGUGGGCAGGAGGCGGGCACAGGGAGGCCCGGGCAGCCUCAUGAGAGGCGGUGCAGCCUCUGCUGUCCCCCAGCUCACAGCCGGAGUCGCCCUCUCCUCCUCCCCUCGCCCCACUCCAGACCACGACCAGCCUUAGCAAAUCCAUGUACUCCGUUGUCCAGAGGACCCAGUGCUCCUUCUCUGCCCCUUGCUGUCCCUCCUGCCAUCAGAUCUCUGUGGGGAACCACCAUGAGGUCUCUGGAGGCAGCCCGGGGGACCAGGAGGUGGCCCUCCCCACUCCUUCCACACCACCUACCGUGGCCCCGGGAGCUCUGGGUUACGUUUGUCUAAGUUUCGUCCUUCAGUUUCUCCCUCGGUCCUGGUUUCUCCCUCCCCCCCAGCCCCCUUCUCCUUUCACACCAUUUUCCUCUUUGAAGAGUCAAGUACAAUUCACACGAACUGCUUUCUCCUGUCCAAAGCAAAAAGGAAAAGGAAAGGAAGAAAGAAACUUCAGACCGCUAGUCAGGCUCCGAGAAGAAAAAGAGCAACACCAAAACCACAAGGGAAAAGAAAAACCCAGUUUCUUAGGAAACGCACAUGAUUUAUUAUCCAGAUAUUUGGAUAAGUCCUUUUUAAGAAAAAAAAAAAAAAAGAAAAUGAAAAACAACA